AGAAGCCCUAUAACAUGACUACAACCUUUCGUUUGUCAACUUGAAAACGUGUUUAUCCAAUAUGACAGAAAGUGAUGUUAACAAAAAAAGGAAGCGAGUUUCUAAACGUAAUAAGAAGUCCUGGAUAAAACAUGUACAUAAUAAAGAUGUAGACGAUUUUCUAGAUUUUAAACGAUUGGAAGAAAGAUUAGGAGGACCAUUCAAAGAAAAAAAAGAUGAAGAACUUUUUGUGGUUGAUGGAACUGCUAACCUUGCACAAUUGAAGCCAACUCUUACAAAAAAAGAAAGAGCAAAACUACCCCUGAAAUGUUAUCAAAAUCUUGUAAAUAACUGUCCUAUACCAGAUCCAAUUGCUAAAAGAAAUCGUGUCAGAACAAAAGAGGAAAGGAAAUGUCGCAUAAGAAAAAGUAUUGAAAAGGCUAAGGCAGAUAAGGGUAUCAUUCCUCUAAAAGUAAUUCAAGCACAAAAAGAUAGAGAUCUUACUAUAAGAAAAAAACGACUUCAACCUAAAGGACUCGUUUUCAAAAAGGAUAUAUGGAAUGAAGAUCCGGGGAAAAAAACUUUUGGUGAUGAUGCUGAUGUAACUUGGCUAAAGGAAGAUACAGUCAAGCAUCAUGGCGGGAAUACAUUGUGUUCUUUGCCUAAAGGUAACGCAAAACCAUCAGUGAUUCCAGCUGUGGAGGCACCCCACCCAGGUGUCUCAUACAAUCCCUCAUUAAAAGACCAUAAGUCAUUGCUUGAUGAAGUAGUUCAACACGAGAUGGAUAAACUAAAAGAAGAAGCACACAUUACCAGAGUAACAAGAGAUAUGUUCAGAAAAAUUACAGUUGCAGAAAAACAGGCACAAUGGGUCGAAGAAAUGUCCCAAGGGUUGGCAAAAGAGGAACCGGAUGAAAAUCCUGAUGUUCAACCUGGUCCUCUUUCUAUCAAUCCUCCGACAAGUUUCAUGAACAAGAAAACUUUGAAGCAACGCAGGAAACAAAAAGAGCAGAAAGAAGCUGCUUUAUUAAGAAAAUAUGCCAAAAUAGAAAAAAAGAAAACUGCAGAUAUUUACAAGCUUAAAUUCAUUGAAAAUGAUUUAAAUACAAAGGAAAAAGAAGAAAAACUUGAGCAAGAGAAACGUAAAAAACAAAAUGAAGAAAACGCAGGUAAAACUAAAAGACUUGGCGCAAACAAAUUUAUUGAGCCUGAUUUGGUUUAUAGCAAUCGAGAUGAAUUACGUGGAAGCUUAAGACUUCUUAAUAAAUCUGGUAGUUUAUUAGCUGACCGAUUUUAUAGUCUUCAAAAACGUAACAUAUUGGCUCCUUCAACCAAAGUUACAAGGUUUAGAAAAGCCAAGGUUAAGAAAUUCAUCAAACCUUCACAUCGGAUCGAAGGAGUUAAUUUUUUUUCUUUUAUGCCUAAAAAAAAUAAAUCUAAAGUUCGAAAACAAAAUAAGAAAAGUAGUGCUUCUUAAGCUAUAUAAUAAAUGGUAAAAAAAUAUUUAUUUGUUUUGUGUCAUUUUUCUGUCAACUCAGUACCUAUUUUCUAUUUUAUUAUGUAAGAUUUUUAUUAUAUCCUCAUUAUUACAAAGACGAAUGGCCCCUUCUGACCGAAAGGUUUGAGAAUUCUGGAAUUGCCCAAUGGUUCUUGUCACGAUCCCCAUUCAUUCAAAUUGACUAGUAAAUAUUAAUAAAAGAUUCUAUCUCGUAUAGAUAGUUGUUCCGUAAUGUAAUACUAAGAGGUAUCAUAGUGCAUUGUUCAUCUUUUACUAAGUGGAGGACCAAAAUGUAACAUAGUCCCUCUUCUCUGUGUAUGUUUAUUUUGAGUUAUAUUAUUGAAUACAUGUAACUUAGAAUAAAAUUCUAAUGUCCAUAACUUUGGAAUUUGAAUAAACUCCACACACACACAC